AUGCGCGUCUUCGAAAAAUUAACUAACAGGAGGGGUGGUGACAUUGCAAGCGGAGGGCAGCUUGAGGGCCCUGCUGACGUCAACCGAAGCCCCGACCCGACCCGGGUUACCGAUGAGCUGGCACAGGCAGAUCGGCUGCGUGUAGACCAAAUUGGACAGCUCCGGGCAGCAUCCCGGGUCGGGUCGGGUCAGGUUGCUCCCGCCCUCCACAAACGUCAGGCAAUCCGAAAGGUGAAGCAAUCCAGCGCCGGUGAAGGAGCUGUCGAGUACGGGUACGGUCCCGGUGCCGCCGGUGACAGUGGAACCUCCGAUGCCGGCGACUGGGCGGCCGGGAUAGGCAGAGCGGCCGCUAAUAGGAAGGCGGCGAUCAAGAGGUGGUGGACAAUGUGGGUGGCGGCGGCUUUGGGCUGGGCCUGGGCCAUUAAUAUUAAAAAUAUAAUUAAGUUACAUUUCUCGCUGAAAAUCAAUGCAAAGAGGUAA